UGCUCUUCACUAGCUUCACUUCUUGUCAUUCGUGGCGCAUUUGGAAUGGCAACUCUGGCCUGGCGUCCUCAGGAACACUUGACAAGAUUUCUACCGCCGAAUACUCUCGACCAACACCCCCAGCAGCAAGUCAUUUUUCUCCAGAAGCGGAAACGAAAUUCAGAUGAACUAGAAAAUAGUUGCGGAGCCGGUCCAAGUUUUACUGGACCAUCAUAUCAGACUGCUCGUGUCAGUAGUGCAGACUUUGAUGAUGAUGAGGAGGAGGAGCAACUCUUAAGAAAGAAAAAGAAAGCUGUCACCGCCAAAUCCCCUACUAUAUACAGCAGCAGUACUGAAUUGCUUAAUGCAAUGCGUAAUGCCUUUGCGGUCAGCCAGGAUGUGGUGUUUGCUGGAAGUUAUCUUGACUCGAACAACCCUCCAAUGUCAGACAAGCAGCGCGUUCAGGUAGUGACGAACGAUGUGUGGCGUGCAACGGGAUAUCGGUUUACAGUGAAGGACCAUCCACGCACGAAAGAAGGUCACAAAACACGCCUUUGGUGCUCUCAAGAUGAAAUGCGCAAACACAAGCCCAAUGCGAAAGCGCGAGUAUCUGCAUCUGGAGAAUCACUCGCCAAGGCACGGUAUCCAUGUCGUAGUCGCCUAUUCAUUUCGUCUCGGGAAUGGAAUACGAUCGGGCAGAGUCUCGUCACCAUCAGAAUACAUCACCAUUACUCUCAUGAACCGUACGAAGGGGCUGUGAGGGUAACUGCGCCUGCGACAACCUGGCAAGAUUCCCUUUCCAACACUCAAGCAUACCUCCCUACUACCCAAUCAUAUUCACCUUCGAAUUCACAACCCCACUCGGCGUACGAAAGCUAUGAACCAUCCAGUAAUCGAUCAUCAACGACUGCAGUGGACUCCGGCGCUGCAGUUGAUUGGGACAGCGUUUCAGAUAACGGUCCUGGUCCUCCAGCAGUGGAUUCUGACUCGGAGGCUGAGCAAGAUGUUCCCGCCACUUGCGCACCUACCUUAGCUUCUACCAAUGUGCCUUUACAUUCGCAUCCUGAUCCCCACGUUCGCAACAACGGGACUCCAAUAAAUUUACCUCCACAUUCACAUCCUUCUCUGUCCGCAGCUCCUGACACCUCAAUCCUCACUCCCGAAAUAUUCCAAGCAAGAAUGCGAGAGCAUAUCAGGAACCUUCGAGAGUUCUGUAAUGGGCUCGAAUAUCAGGUUCAGUUCAAUGACUUUCGUAUGUUGGAACAACUGGAAAAUGAAGGUGGAUCCUUUUUGCGUUUUGUGCAUGACUGUUUGCGAAGGGAAGGACGCUUGGAGAUUGGCCAAUUACAAUGUGAUGGGCAACCCACCUAUAUGCUGUCAGGCUGAUAGGUUGAUAUCUCGAUACAUUUUGAUAUCUAAUCACCGGACGAUCGUCCAGUCGAAUUGAUAGAUCCGAAAAAGAGGCUGUUCCUUCUGAGCCUGUGAUUGUGCAACUGUAUGGCCGCCACGGACUUGCUUUCGAUAUUCAACCCCCAUUUCUAUUUCUUUGACACUGAUGUAGUGAUACCAGGAACCCAAGAAUACAGGUAGAAAACAGCGCAAUAUCGGCGAUUGGGAGCGGGGCGGGAACCUGUCGAUCCUCCCUCAACAUUUGUCGAAACGAUCUGAAUUCUCAAGUUUGCAUGUAUCUUUGCAAGGUUCACAGAAUAAUGUUCGGUUUACUGUCCGAAUCCUUGCAACGGUCUUGGAGGCAGACUAGCACGCCGGACGCUGUGGUUGUAAGCAAAACGGAGAAUGGGUUCGAAGAGUGCGAUUCCAUAUCCAGAAUAGGAUUUGAAUUCAGGCACUAGAGGGGCGGUAUCAGUAGGGUUGGCGAGGAGUAGAGUUUUGACAAAUUGUCACAUGGGUCGUGAAACGCCGCAACCACAUUUCAAGCAUUUUUGCCUACUCACGAACCAUCAAUAUCGUCAUUUCUGGUAUUUCUACCUAUACACUUUCGCAUCUGCUCUCAAUAUGCAUCACAGCGUCAUCGAGUCCUCUAUCUUGAUCCAAUGAUUUCCGGUGAACAAUUGGCAUUAGGUUGACUAUUAGAUUACGACGUCCUGCGAGCCGUGGAAACGGAUCCCCCAAAUUCCGACCGUUAUGAAUGUUGGGGAAAGUGUCCACGAAAGUUAGCUUGCGAGAGACAUCAGAUCACCGUGCAAGUCGUCCCAGACCCCGAUUUUGAAAUGCAGUCUUCUUUUCCUCAAUAAUCGGCUCUAAUUUGGCCGUAAUACUUUUGAUAGGGGAACUGCAACCCAUGUUUCCCCGCGGAAGGGACGGAGGCCAAUUCGACAGUCACGCACUGGGACAGCCCUUGCGAAGUGACGCCUGCAGGGAGACCAUUCUACAUACCGUCUGGACCUUAAGAUAUGUCCUCACAGCCUUUACAAUACAAUGCCCAUUAGCAUUGUCGGUGUCUAUGCCGUCCUAGACUAGUGGAUUUCGUUCCAAAUUCACUUCUGAUAGAUUCGCGCAUCCCUAAGCGUGGACCCAUUACUCAAUGUUUCAGUACUGCACAGGCCGAGAAGAGAAGGAUGGCUAGCCCUCGUAAAUAUGGUGUUCCAAAUUUCUUAUCCGUGCCAUGGCCAUGGAAUUGGUUCAGAGGAAGCAAAUCAAUGUGGCUUCCGACUCCUCUCCAGUACAAGAAAUUUCGACGAAUGCCCGAAUCGAGUGCCUUGUGGACCCUUGCAGCCUCUCUGACUCCUGUGGCAGAAACGACUUUCAUUCCUGUCAUGGCAGGUAAACACGCAUAGCUAGGAUGCACGCUCUUCUGCUGCUCUACCGACUAGCUUAGGUACCAAGCAACAUAGUUUCAUAGUUCUCGAAAUGAACUGCUGGCUAUGUACUUAUACAGGUAGCCCAUUACAAAAACGUUGUUCUGCACCCCCCUGUCUCCCUGGAGUAUACCCGUUUUCAUAACCUUGUGCAAGGUUCGAUCGUCCACGAAUACGUUCAGUAGCAACCAAAGAUGGUUUCUGCUGAUCUCGCUACCGUCGAGUCUGCUCGGGACGCCCGAUUUGACGGGCAACGUUUUGGACACAUGUCCAGCCCACCCUCAGGUACGUAUGGAGUUUACUCUUGUUCAUUCCAUAUCUCAGGCCCCUUCCUUAGUGACGAUGAAGUCCGAUUACGGGGCUCUGGGGAACGUAGAUGGAGCUUGAACAGAGAAUGUAUAUUGGACCCUGACCGCGAUAAGCCGUCGAAGUCCGUUCUUUGGAAAACAGACCGAUUCGCUAUUUUUUCGGUAGCCUGUAUUUUCCCUAUACUUCAUCGAAAGCCAGCUGGCAUUGGUGGCCGAUGGAUUCGCGACCCUUUUUUGCAUUUUUCCCUUUUGUCUUCGCAUUCAGCGGCCUAUAAUGCUAAGUAUCUUUUUGCCGUGGCUUUCCCUAUAGUCGAUCUCACCGGCGGCGUUAGACUGUGUUGUGAGGAAAACUUCGUGGCCUUGGUUUGUGGUUCCGGAAGUCCGUGAGCUGUAAUAGUAAACUUUGAGUAUACGUUCGUUCCCGCCACUGUUGACCCUGUCCUGCUGAGAAAUUACGGUCAGGCAAUCAACCCCAUACAGCCUCGGAAAGCGUAUUCCAAUGGGGUGCAAGAAAACAAGAUCAAGAUCCCGAGAUACUCGGGAAAGCCCCAGCUCCCAAUAUUCUUUUGCUUUAAUAUGACAUCUAUAUACAGACACCUAACAAAUGCGUUCUCGUGCAUGAAGAUUGAAAGAAAAUGAUGCAUGGGAUAGAGGGACAGAUUUUCAGCUACAUCCUAGACCAUCAGUCUGUCGAAGAAAGCUAUCGGAGUUAACAAGGAAAAGCAAAAUAAGGAGCAGUUUGACUGACUCACCAGUAUUCGAGGGGUUAUUGCCACUUUCCGCAGAAGAAGGCCACCCUCCAGGAUAUGAAUACCCUUCCGAAGCGAACGGCAAGGAAGACGACGAAGUGUAGGAGGUUCUUCCGCUGUGCAGAGCACGGGUGCUGCCACUGUCUUUCUGGUCAGAUGUCGUAUCACCGGGCAGAAGCCAAGGCAACCUUUGAGACCCGACUUCUCUAUUGCUGCGACCAGCAGAAUAUCUUCCGAAGUGGGAGGACGAAUCGUGGUCUCUCAAAGUGACUGCAUUUUGAUAAGGAUGGUGGCCUGUGCGGAUUCUGGUCUGUCUAUCCAGAGCCAAGUCCGAGGACUCGUAUGACGAAUCGUUGUGCCAAUUUCUGCUCGAAUGAAUUUGAGAUGCCCAAGAGUCUGCGGAAGGCAGGGAACCGCCUUCUCGGCGAGAUGAACUGGAAACCUGCCCGGACGUUGGAGACAUGGUCCACGAGUUAUCCUGCCGUAGCGGAGUCGGUGCUCGCAAGGCAUCGAUACCCCCUGACCAUCUAUCCGAAAUAUUAUUUCUCGGAAAUCCUACGGAGGUGUUCACGUUACUGUUCAGCGAUGGGAUGGGGUACAACUGGUUUCCUGAAAACGAGGUAUCAACCGGAGAGUGGCCUAUGGAUGACGCCGGCGAAUGGGAAUGGGUAGGGCUGGGGUAGGUUUGCUCUUCAACCCUGCCAUUAUCGUGAUCUUCAGGCUCGGAGCUGACAAGAGGUACACGGAAAUUUGUGAGGCGGAAUAUAUGGGGUGACAUGUAAAUCCCCAUGAUGUCAGGUCGGGAUGACGGCCUCUGUUCAGUACAGCUCGAGCG